AUGGCACUCCUCAUAUGCAACAGCCCCCAAAACCACGAACUCAGCCCCCAGGAAAAGCCCAUGGUCACCAAAGAAACCACCGCUGUCGGCUCGGAGAUCAGUAUAGCCAAGCUUCCUCAGGAAAUCAUCGAGAAAACUGCCUCUUAUCUACCGGCCGGGUGCCCCGACACUGAAAUCAAAGAAGAUUAUGAAACUCAGACCCCGAAGGAUAUUAUGAAUCUUCGCCUCACGUGUCGACAGUUAGACCGCAAACUACAGUACCAUUUCGUCCACGAGAUCAUCCUCUCAAAGAAGUGGCGCUAUGUAGCGAGGGGGAACUGCUCUUCGUUCGAGGCAGAUCCGAUCGGCCUACGAACUCUGAAUGCGGUUACCAAGAUCGACGUCUUACGUACGUCGAUGCGCCGCAUUGAAUUUGAGGUCCCAAUGCUUAGCCAUCACGGUCUUAAUCUCGUUGCUGGUGAUUGUGUCUCGUAUGAAGACAUUUCUACACACUUGGCGAGGUUGAACCUGUCCAACUACAGGUCGGGGGAUGUCAUUCCCGCCCCAUCCGCCACCAUGAGCUUACACAAAGUGUACCAGCGCCUCCUUGAUGACCAGGAGUCCGUUCUCGCACCCAAGAGCUGUGACGAGUUUAUGAUGGAGUUGUUUGGCCGCGGUUUUCCUGAUCUCAAAAUUAUUUGCAUUAGGAGGACCUACGAUCGCGUACUUGGGCCAUACAGUUGGAAAGCACGGCUGUCGGACCCCAGAAUCAAGAACUACCGAGGAUAUCCAGCCGAUUAUGUUGAAGCCAGUCACAAAGCGCUUUCACAGGCAGCUUCGGCAGUUGUUAAGAGUGUUAUCAAAAACGGAAUCGAGCUCGACAAGCUCAUAAUCACGCAAGGCUGCCGGUACGACAUCAAUAUCGACGAGGCGGCUGCUGGGAUUUGGAUCUUUGAUCAGCCUGCAGAGGUCCUUCAAACAGCCAAUAUCAAGGAGCUAUGUCUGCAGCUUUCCAACGGAAGCAAAGGAUCCACGCCUGCUGGGUGGACGAAGGAGCGUGGUUGCGAAAUCCUCAUUCGCGUAGUCGACAACCUGCCCAACCUCGAAGCGCUUUCCCUCGCCCCAGCCAGAUACGAGAUACUCGAGCCCUACUUCGUUGCCGAUUUGUUGAGCCACUGCUCUGGCAAGAUCAAAGAACUCCAUCUCCAUGACUUCGCCGCUUUCGCUGAUACUCUCGGCGCUUUCUUUUCCAAAAACGAGAGUUCCUCCAUGCACACAAUCAGCCUCACCAAGGGCCAUUUGCUGGGCGCGAGGUGGCUGCCACUCGUGCAGCAGCUCCACGACAACACCAACUUCACUAAAAUCCAGCUCGGCUAUCUCUACGAGCUCGCAGCAGAGCACUACUACCUACUCGGCUGGCAGUGUUAUGACUCAGACAACUGCUGGUGCGGCAUGGGAGCAUGGGACGAGGGAAGAUGGACGCCCGGCUGCUGUGACGGCGAGCAUCACGUCAGCCUGAACCCCUCGGGGUCUGACACGGACCGCUCGUGGCUAGAGGCAGGACUCUCGCACAUUCUGGCGCACGCCGAGGCGCGCCUGUACGAAUGGACCGACAGGUGUAGGAGCAAGUGCGGCACUUUCAUCUACGUCCCGCUCAAGCACGAAGUGUACGCCAAGGCCUUCUUCGGGUGGCCUGAGCCUGACUAUGAUACGGAGGACGGGCUGACGGAUGAUAACGAUGUUCUUGUUGAUCCCAUGUUGCACGAAUUCGAAUACGCUGUUGGGAACCAUCCAGAUGAUCUCCAACACGAGGAAGAAGCUAACUAUGAAGGUGAUGGGGAUGACUGGUGGCUGCAGGGAGGUGCAAUGGAUUGUGGAAUAUGA